AUUAUUUUGACUGGGUUGACCUGUUUUUAGACCAUCUCUACCGGUAUCUUUUGGAGCGAAGUUGGUCACAUUUUCCACGAAGCUUGGGUUGAUUAAUAGUUAAUGCCCCGUAGCGGGUGUGGUUGAGAGGUAAAAAAGGAAGAAGAUUGAAUCGGCAAAAACGAACAACUUCCUCCAGGCAAGAGAAGGUGAGCUCUGACCUAGAGUCAAGACUCUAAGGAUUAACUCCAAAAUUAUUCACCAAAACAACACUGAGCAGAGCACCUCGAAUUAUAUUCCAACAUCCAAGAGCCUCGGUGGACCAGUACUAAAGUGACCCUAAACUUAUUAUGUUAAGUAUACGGAAAUCUAAUGGGAAAUUGAAGUAGAAUUGAGAUGAAAUUGAUGAAACUUGAAAAGAGAUCGAUACAAUUGGAGACACUUCGAGUAGUCUCCCGCACUCCCAAGACCGAAGUCCCCAAACUAAUUCCUGCCUGCCCAUCUCUUCACCACUCUCACUUAUUUAUUCUAUUUCUAAUGGGCCAGCCCACUAUUACAUUUUAUUAAAAUACUCAGUAUUAUUUCCAUUAUAUCUCACUCCAUAAACCCAUAAGUCCUGGUCCCUAUCAUCACUCCCCCCUUUGACAAUCACCUUGUCCUCAAGGUGGGGAGUAAGAGCAGCCAUGCCAUCCAGCUUCAUCCUCGUGCCCCUUCCUUCCCAGUACCUCACCGAUUUCAGUGCCUUUAGCUCCGGUACUUGAACCUUUGUCAUCCAUUCCUCCUGGCAUUUGCUGAAACUUUUCCAAAAAUCUUCUAAAUUAGAUAGUUGUCUCCAUUGAACCAAAAUUUAUUUAUUUCUUUGUAAUGCAAAAGAUUUGACUCCUCCUGCAUGCUCUUGAUCCUUUUCAAUGACAUAAUACCCUUCCAUGCAUCCAGCAUAUCUGUACCCAAAUCCACUAUAUUCUGCAUCGCCGUUCAUACCUACUUUGCUGUAAAGCCACUGAGUUCCAGUAGCAGGGUAGUACAUGGAUAUUAUUCUGCCAUCGAUCCCGUGAACCACUUUCAACUCCCAAUCCUCACCUUUUGGUACAUCCAGAUCAUUACCUGAGUGCAGAACCAAACUAAUAAUAGAUAGUUGGCUGGGAAUCAAUUGCACAUAGUCGGGAGGAACAUAAUAUGGCAAUUGUACAACAUGUCUUUUCUCUGCCUCACAUUUCAGCUCAGACUUGUAACUAUAUUCAUCCCCUAUGCACAUGUAAUGAGUGUCAUGGCUAACAGAGAAUGAGGUUAUGUUUUGCCCCCACUUCAAUAUAACAAACAAGUGUUUGUUUUCCCGACUCCAAACCUGAAUUUCAUUUUCAGAAGUGACAUGCCGGACUCUACCCAAAAACGAGUUGAAGAAUUCCAGUGAACCUCGAGAUACAUCCAGAACUGUGCGUCCAAUAGAACCAGGUAAGGCAGCAACCAAAGUCCUCAUGGGAAGUACCCGAACCUCCAUAGCACAAGAUUCCAACACCCUGACCAGUGGCUGAACUUCAUGAGCAUAACUGCCAGGCCCCUCAAGUAGUUUCUGUUUAUGACAUGAUUGACAUCCACCUAUCUGUUCAGCCUUACCAAUCUCAGGCAUAGCUGAAAUGUCAGAGUUUUUAAAAACAAUUGGUCUACCAGUUUCUUCUGUUAAAAUUUCACCCAAGAAGUACCAGAAUUUCUUAGAGUAGUGAAAGGCACCCUCCUUGUUCACUUUCACACUAAUGGCAAAAUUCCUACUAGCACAAAAACUGUCAACAGUAAUCUCCUUCCCCUUUUCUUCCCUCAUAGGCUUGACAUCUGAAUUAGUGACCUUCACCUCAGAUAAGAUAUCACAGGCAGCAAAAUGUUUAUAGGAAGCAAAGUGUUUAUAGGAUGUGUUGACUUCUUCAUGAGGAUUGAUGUGGACCGAACUGAGAGAUGCUUUCUCUGAAGGAGUGUUCAGCAUCUCAACAGGUUGUAGAGGAAUUGAAGAAUCCGGAUGCUCCUGCUCAUGAGUUAUCUGUGACAUUGCAAUUAAGUGAUCUUGCAUUACUCCUUCGAUCAGAGGUUGUGUUAACUAAUAUCCUGAGACAUUUUUACUUCUCCAUGGUGGCCAAACUACAUCACUGCCAUCCUUGUGUAUACCAGCUUCGUCAAAGUUUACUCUGAAAGUCAGUGCCCUGUCCCUUACUGCCUCAAGUACCUCACCAGAGGCAGAAUUUGUUUUUAUGCCCUGAACCUCAACAUUAUCAUCCCCUUUAAUAUGCUCAUCAGAAAAUAAGGAGCUGUAAGAAACUUCAACUGCUUUUGACAGUUCACCUGUUGAUCUAGGAUUGACAGUCACUCCAAACAGUCUCAUAUUUAACACUCUCGGAACCUCAGUGUCUGGCUGUAGCCUAAGAUUUUGACCAUAUGAAGCAUUUGGGUUAUUACCAUAUUGAGAAGUUACCGGCUGAACUCUACACUCAACCAAGUUGAAGAGUCCCAUAGAACAUCGAGAACAAUGAGAAUCUGAGCAUCCAAGAGGAACAGGGACUGCAUUUGCGCCAACUUCAAGUCCAGCUACCACUGACGAUUUCUCCUCACUGAUAUCGCUCUCAGUGAACUUCACUGCUUUUUCUCCUAAUUGCGAAGCACUCUCAUCAUCAGAGGAAGGUUGCCGCCCACUCACAGACUCCUGUCGGACGGAUGAAACCUGCUCACAGGGAAAAGUGUUUUGUCACAAUACCUGCGAACAGGGAGAUUCGUCUCUCGAUUGAGUAGCACUGACAGCAGAUGAAGAAACAUGCGAACUGAGAUAGCCUUCUGUGAAUUUCGAACUGGGAUAAACUGAUGGCGACAGCGACGGAGCAAGUUGCGGAGCUUGCGAACUGUGAAAGACAUUGGAAUAUGCUGUAUAAUAUGCUUUAGAAUAUUCUUCUAUCUUUAGAAUAUGCUUUAGAAUAUUUUAGGAAUAUACUCUAAGAUAUUAUUAUUGUAUAGCAUCUUAUAGGAAUAUUCUAUCUUUGUAAUGUAUAUAUAUAGGGACUUAUCCCUCCAAUGAAAUACACAGAAAAUUCUUCCAUUCUCAUUACUAUUAUAUGCUUAAUUCUGAUAACAUGGUAUCAGAGCCUCCAUUUUAGUUUAGUUCCUUUUCUUUUAGAUUUUAGCUUAGUUUUUCAUACUGGGUUCUUCCUCAAAGAAACCUGAGUUCAGUUCAGAUUCUUCAAAACCUCUAGGCACCAUUCUGUCUCCCAGGACAGAUUUAUUUUAGCUCUCUAUUCAGAAUCUCUGCCAGGUCCGACCAUCUACCCGGCGAAUUUCCGACUCCGACAAUUACUCAUUCAGUCUGUGGACAUACGCACACUAUUUCAUGUGGCUGAUUAUUCGUUGGGGUCUGGCAUCUGACUUAUGUCUGGAGUAGCAGUCAAAGCCCAAGCAGAUUGUAUCUUUUGUUCUCAAGCCCAAAACGGGCUGCUUAACACGAAGUCAGCCUUUGAUAGUUUCUGAAGUUAUUCCCAUUAAUUUUAAAAUUACUGAGAAUAAACUUUGUGGCUCCAAUUAUCUUGAAUGGAGUAAAACUAUCAAACGUUAUUUAAGGAGCAUUGAUAAAUAUACCCACUUACUUGAUGACCCGCCAAAGGAGGAGGUUGAUAGAGCUGCUAAUACUGCCUGGCUUCGUGACGAUUCUAGAUUAUUUAUCCAGAUUCAAAACUCAAUGGAGAAUGAGGUAAUGGGGUACGUUAGUCAUUGCGAUACUGUGAAAGAAUUGUUUGAUUAUUUGGAAUUUAUGUAUUCUGGAAAAGGUAAUCUUAACCACAUCUAUGAGGUGUGCAAAGCCUUUUACAGAGCAGAAAUGAAAGAUAAGCCUCUCACGGCUUAUUUUAUGGAUUUCAAGAAAACCUAUGAAGAGCUGAAUACAUUAAUGCCAUUUAGUCCUGAUAUCAAAGUGCAGCAGAAACAAAGAGAACAAAUGGCAGUGAUGAGUUUUUUGGCUGGUCUAACAUCUGAAUUUGAAACAGCCAAAUCACAUAUCUUAUCUAGUGAUGAGGUCUCUUCUCUUCAAGAGUCUUUCACUAGAGUGCUUCGCACCGAUACUUCAUCCACACCAUUAGCACCUCAGUCAAGCAAUGCAUUUGUAGGGCAAGUUCCGACAUUCACCAGAGGAGGUGAGAAAUAUCCAUGUACUGGUCCAUCUGGCAAAGGCAUAGUAUGCAACUAUUGUAAAAAGCCUGGACACUUGAUCAAAGAUUGUAGAAAAUUAAAAUUCAAAAAUCAAGGAAAUCAGGUUGCUCACAUUGCUUCCGUUACACAGUCUUCUGAUGGAUCAAUAAGUAUGUCUUCUGAGGAAUACGCCAAAUUUCUUUGCUACCAAGAGACUCUAAAGCAUUCAUCUACUCCUAUCUCAGCUGUCGCUAAUUCAGGUAAUCCAAACACAUGUCUUGUGUCUUCAUCCUCAAAAUGGGUUAUCGAUUCAGGGGCAACAGAUCAUAUGACAGGAUCUGGUGACGAAUCGGGUUAUUGGUAAAGGAUAUGAGUCGGCUGGUCUCUAUCUCUUGGAUACAUCCUUACCCAAAUCCAUCUCUUGUCUUGGAGUUGGAACUGUGUUAGAGGCUCAUUAUCGACUAGGCCAUCCCUCUCUCCCGUUGUUAAAGAAACUUCAUCCUCAAUUUAAUAAGGUGUCAUCUUUACAGUGUGAUUCAUGUCAAUUUGCAAAACAUCCUCGAACUAGUUUAAGUCCCCGAGUCAAUAAACGAGCACAUGCUCCUUUUGAACUUGUUCAUUCUGAUGUUUGGGGCGCUUGCCCUGUUGUGUCCAAAACUGGUGUUAAGUAUUUUGUUACCUUUGUUGAUGAUUAUUCUCGUAUGACUUGGAUAUAUUUCAUGAAACGUCGUUCUGAGUUAUUUUCUCAUUUCUGUGCCUUUUGUGCUGAAAUUAAAACUCAAUUUAAUGUACCUGUUCGUAUUUUAAGGGGAGACAAUGCUCAAGAAUAUUUGUCUUCCUCAUUUAAGUCGUAUAUGGCUCAACAUGGCAUCAUUCAUCAAACUUCAUGUGUAGACACACCUCCACAAAAUGGAGUUGCUGAACGAAAGAACAGACAUCUAUUAGAAACUGCGCGGGCUCUUCUAUUCCAAAUGAAUGUGCCUAAACAGUUUUGGGCAGAUGCUGUGUCUACCGCAUGUUUUUUGAUCAAUAGAAUGCCAUCUACUGUUUUGGAUGGUAAAACUCCAUAUCAGUGCCUAUUUCCAAAUAAUGAAAAUUUUCCUAUCCCUCCUAAAAUAUUUGGUUGCACUUGUUUUGUACGAGAUGUUAAUCCCCAUUUAACAAAGUUAGAUCCCAAGUCAUUAAAGUGCAUUUUCUUAGGCUACUCUCGAGUUCAAAAGGGUUACAGAUGUUUUUGUCCAAGUACGGGUCAAUAUCUUGUUUCAAUUGAUGUCUCCUUUUAUGAAAAUACACCGUUUUCAUCAACAGAGACAAAUAUUUGUAGGGAGAAUGAUGAUAUACUCAUUUACACAGUCACUAUACCCGAGUCCACUGCUUCAGCCGUUGUUCCACAUGUUACUUUUCCUGAGCCUAGGCCCCCGGUACACUUGGUCUACACCCGUCGAAACAAAGUACAAGAUCACCCUCCACCUGUGGUUACUUAUCCUAAUACUGAUCCGGUCUCGAUCUCAUGUCCUGAACCAAUACUUGCAUCUCCAGAUCCUGCCUCUACAUCAGAUCUUGACCUCCCUAUCGCACUACGUAAAGGUACACGGUCUUGUACUCAUCCUAUUUCUUCAUUUGUGUCGUAUAAUCAGUUAUCAUCUACCUCAUGUUCUUUUAUUGCUUCCAUUAAUUCUAUUUCUGUUCCCAAAUCUGUUAAAGACGCUUUGUCUCAUCCUGAAUGGCGUCAUGCCAUGGUAGAGGAAAUGAAUGCUUUGGAUCUUAAUGGUACUUGGGAUUUGGUAGACUUGCCUACAGGGAAGAAAUCUAUUGGAUGUAAGUGGGUCUUUGCUGUAAAGGUUAACCCUGACGGAUUCGUUGCUCGUUUAAAAGCCCGAUUAGUAGCGAAGGGUUAUGCUCAAACCUAUGGUGUUGAUUAUUCUGACACUUUUUCUCCUGUUGCUAAAUUAACAUCUGUCAGGUUACUUAUUUCUCUCGCUGCAACUAAUGGUUGGCACUUACAUCAGUUGGACAUUAAAAAUGCAUUCUUGCACGGUGAUCUUCAAGAGGAAGUUUAUAUUGAGCAACCUCCAGGGUUUGUUGCUCAGGGGGAGUAUGGAAAAGUGUGUCGACUUCGCAAGUCUCUUUAUGGUUUGAAACAAAGUCCCCGUGCAUGGUUCGGGAAAUUCAGUCAAUCAAUUGAACGAUUUGGAAUGAUAAAGGGCAAAUCAGAUCACUCUGUAUUUUACAGACGAACAAAAGCAGGUAUCACAUUGCUUGUGGUGUAUGUCGAUGAUAUUGUGAUUACAGGGAGUGAUAAUGCAGGUAUUUUGGCUCUUAAGAAUUUUCUUCAUAGUCAAUUCCAGACGAAAGAUUUGGGCUCAUUGAAAUACUUCUUGGGGAUUGAGGUUUUACGAAGCAAGAAAGGCAUAUUUCUAUCUCAACGUAAAUAUGUGCUUGACUUGCUAACUGAAACAGGGAAACUGGGGGCAAAACCGAGCAAUACUCCCAUGAUUCCCAAUGUGCAGCUCACUCAUGAAGGCGUACCAUUCGAAGAUCCAGAAAGAUAUAGAAGGUUGGUUGGAAAGCUUAAUUAUCUCGCAGUUACCCGUCCAGAUAUUGCAUACUCAGUGAGUGUAGUAAGUCAAUAUAUGUCAUUUCCGACAGUUGAUCAUUGGAAUGCUGUAGAGCAUAUAUUAUGUUACUUGAAGGGGACACCAGGACGAGGUAUUGUUUAUCAAAAUCAUAAUCACAUGCGCAUAGAAUGCUUUGCAGAUGCUGAUUGAGCUGGAUCUAAAGAUGAUAGAAGAUCCACAUCUGGCUAUUGCGUCUUUGUUGGUGG